AUGACUAUACUAUCCAAGGAUGACGUCCAAACAGCCAUCGACAAAUACAUCGACAGUCUAGCAGAUGGCUUACGCAUGCUAAAUCAGAAGAGUCACGAGAAUCCAGAAUUGGCGUACGAAGAACACAUUGCGCACGACGCCAUUUGCGACUUCCUCCAAUCUCAAAGUAUCCAAUUUACACGCCACGCAUAUGGCCUCAGCACCGCAUUCGAGGCCAAAGUUGGCAAUGGAAAUGGAAGUGGUCGCUGCGUGAACUUCAACGCCGAGUAUGACGCACUCCCCGGGAUUGGGCACGCAUGCGGUCACAACCUCAUCGCAAUUUCCAGCAUCACUGAAUUUCUAGCUCUGGUAUUUGCCAUUCGCGAAUUUGGUAUUUCCGGCCAUGCGCAGCUCUUGGGAACUCCAGCCGAAGAGGAUGGCGGUGGGAAACUCGAUCUGAUAAACGCCGGGGCAUAUCAUAUGGCGGAUGUAUCUUUGAUGAUGUAUGGAAUUUCUAUCUUUUUGACUCCAACUGGAUAUUGGGCUAACAAGCUCAGCCACCCCAUUGCAGGGGAAGAAUUCAGUACAGACGUUCUUGGUAUCGCCGGUCGCUCCUCAAUUGCGUGCUAUGAUAUCACAGCAGUAUACCACGGCGUCAGCGCUCAUGCGUCUGCCAGUCCGUGGGAAGGAGUCAAUGCCCUUGACGCUCUAGUCACUGGCUACAAUACCAUCUUCAUGCUAUGUCAGCAGAUCAAGCCGGACGAACGAGUUCACGGGGCAAUUCUUGAGGCACCCAACGUCACCAAUGCAAUUCCCGAGAUCACUCGCACUAAAUACUCGAUCCACAGCCCAACCAUGGCUGGGACACGAGCGCUGGGUGAACGCGUACGAAAAUAUCUCGAAUCAGGUACCCUUGCCACCGGGUGUAUGGUGGGGUUUGAGGAGAAUCAGAUAUUCGCCGAUUUGGUUGUGAACCCGCCUUUGUGUGAAAGCUUUCAGGAAUCGAUGGCCGAGCAAGGGGAACGCAUAUCGGCCAAGGAUGGGGUUCUCAUGUCGGGGUCCACUGACCAAGGGAACGUGUCCCAGCUAAUCCCGUCUCUGCAUGGUCUUAUUGGAAUCCCAGUAGACAAUGGGACUAAGAAUCAUACGCGGCAAUUCACUGCGGCAGCUGGCACGAGCGUUGCUCAUGAGAGAAUGAUCAUUACUGGAAAAGCCAUGGCGAUAACGGGCUGGAGGAUACUCGUAAACGAGGAGCUCUACGGCAGUGUACUCAAUGCCUUUACUGAAGCGAGGGGGGACAGGAUUCGUUAG